CUUUAAACUUAACGGUGAAUUCAUACGUUUUAUUGAUACCAAUAAAAUGCCACUAAGUGAUGCAUAAAUAUUUCAGCACGGUAUUAGUUAUUAUGGGAAUGUGUUUAAAACUACCUAAUAUCUUUAAAACUAAAAAGAGUUUCGGAAUUGCCGUGACCGUUUGCAUUGUGUGUUUCCUGGUUUAUUUCAACGAAUAUACAUAUAUACAUGGAGUAUCGAAAUUAGAAAUGAAGCCGUGCAAACUGGUGACGCUUAACCCGUGGGACCAAUCGUUAAAGCGGUAUAUAGAAGAGAAGAAACCGCCUAUUAUUUGUUCAAAUCGAGAACAACUAAUGUUUGUUGACAAAGGAUUUCUACGAUUUAAUGAGACGGGGAUGAAAAAAUAUCAAAUAGACACAAGAUAUGUGAAAUGUUUUUACAGUAACUUAAAAAGAAAUGGUGGAGAUAAAGAUGUUAUAUUCGAAGAUGAGGUUAAAUUUGUUGCUCCGAUUUCCAUUAAAAGUCAUGUGUUUCGUGUGCGCUGUGUUGAUGUGAAUGAUAAUGAGUUUUAUGAUUAUUUACACUUUAAUCCUGCCUGGAAUAAUGAUGCAAAAAUGGUAGACGAUGUUGAAGAUGAAAGCGAAAGUAAGCUUAGUGUGAUCAUAGUUGGAAUCGAUUCUGUAUCACGUUCGCAUGCUAUACGCAAUCUCCCAAAGUCUAAUAAGUUUCUGAGGAAAGAAUUCCAUGCUUACGAUUUUGAAGGUUACAGUAAAGUUGGUGAAAAUACAGGUCCAAAUAUAUUUCCUUUAUUAACUGGUCAGUCUAACAGAAAUUUCCCGUUUGUGCUUCAUUUGCAUAAGUAUGCAGAUUCUUUGCCUAUCAUAUGGAAUGAAAAGAUUGUUAAAAAACAUUUUGCUACGUUUUUUGCAGAAGACGGAAACAACAUUGCCGUUUUUUCAGGAACUGGGAAAAGUGGAUUUAAGGAUCAACCAACAGAUUUCUAUUUCCGUCCAUUUGGUCUCGGAAUGGACAAGUUUGAGCCAAAAAUCAUCGAAAACUUGGGAAAAGCAUCUCAAUUUUGUUAUGUUGUGAAUAACUACUUAGAAUUAGAAAUAGAAUACUUGAAAGGAUUUUUAGUGAAAUACAAAAACAAACGAAAAUAUGCAUUCAUAUGGAAUAACCAAGCCAGUCACAAUACUUUCACCACAUUACGUCAUGAGGAUAACCGAUUGUUAGAUUUUCUUAAAUGGUUGAAAUAUGAAAACCAAACAAAGAACACCAUUUUGAUUAUGUUAAGCGAUCAUGGUUAUCGAGCUGGCGGGCCGUCGUUGACCCACGUUGGCAGGGCCGAAAGUAACAAACCAUGGCUUAUGGUACACGUUCCCGAUUAUUUAAAAAGAAAAUACAGUUGGAUACACGAAACGAUGUUAAAGAACACCAAACGACUUCUCUCUAUUUAUGAUAUAUAUCAAACCACAUUCGACUUAGUUCAUGAUGUUGCCUUCACCAAACAAAAGAACACAAGCAUGAUCGGUAAUAUCAUUAGAAGGAAUAUAUUCUAUGAGAUUCCUCGUGAACGAACAUGUCUUGACACCGGUAUUGAAAAGAGGUAUUGCAUGUGCGAUGACGAAAUGCCUGUUUCCACCAACAAUGGAUUUAUUUAUUCUUUAGCCAAGUUCCUUGUCAACGAAAUAAACAACAUUUUAUCAAAAUAUCAAAGUGAAUGUAAUAUUCUCUCUCUUCACAAUGUGACAGAAGCUUCAGUUACGUACUCAAUGAGUGACAAGGACACCUUUGGUCGAAUACCAAAUGCUCCUAAAGGAAUACUUAAUAAAUUACUAUCAAAUUUUAAUACAAAACAAGACCAGACUGGUCGUUAUUUCAUUCUGUUUCAUACGAAUUAUGGAAACGCUUUAUUUGAAGGAACUGUAGAUUAUGCGGAAUUUGGCCCGAGAGGGAUCAAGGACGAAAUGACGAUGAUUGAAGAACCGUUCCGAUUAGAUAGAUAUGGUAACCAAUCAUAUUGUGUAGAAGAUUCCUUUUUGAAACCUUUUUGUUAUUGCAAGAACUUUAAACCGUAAAGUGUCACAUUUUCAAAGUUAUCAAAAUACACGGAAACAAUGUUAUGGUGUGACGUCAUCUCUUUGUUAUAUUUGCUCUACUGCUUUACUUUUAUUCCAGGUCAUUUUAUACUACAUCAAAUCUAAAAGUAGAUGAAAUAAUCCCCAGAAUCAUGCCAUACAUGUGCAUGAGCUAUAACACUUUUAUUACCUGACGUGCCACAAAAUUUGUUUAAACAGUUAACAUAACGAAAGUGUAUAAUUAAAAAAUGAAACAAA